GCGCUUCACACAGCGACCCAUCUCUGACGCGCUUUUGAUUCCACCCCUAAAAUCUCUCCGCAACUUUACUCAACUACACUCUUCUCACACUUUCCCCAUUUAUCUCCCCAUUACUUCCCUCUCAGACUCACAUUCUCUUAAAUCUCUCUGAAAUCCGGAAUACCCAAAGGCGAAGAAGCAAGAAUGGCUAGAAGGGUGUUGUUAGUUGCGCUGUGUGUGCUCCUCCCCGCGCUGUUGGUUAGCGCCAGCCGCCCAGCGAGAAACCCCUUUAUAGUGAAAGGGCGAGUGUACUGUGACACCUGCCGCGCCGGAUUCGAGACCUCGGCCACUACCUACAUCGCUGGUGCCAGGGUUAAAGUGGAAUGCAAAAACAGGAACACAAUGCAACUCGUAUACAGCAAGGAGGCAACAACCGACUCGUAUGGAACCUAUAAUAUGUUCAUCAAUGAGGACCAUGAGGACCAGCUUUGUGAUGCUAUGCUUGUUAGCAGCCCUCAGCAUGACUGUGCAGCAAUGUCCCCAGGGCGUGAACGCACCCGUGUCAUCCUCACCCGCUACAACGGGAUUGCAUCCGACAAUCGUUUUGCCAAUGCAAUGGGCUUCAUGAAGGACGAGGCCUUGUCUGGCUGUGCUGAGAUUCUCAAGCAAUACCAGGAGUCUGAUGAGUAGAUCUGCUUUAAGUUCCUCUUAUGUGUCUAGUUAUUAAGAUAUUUCUGGCUUAUGCUAGUAUGUAUUUACUUCUAUCUUGAUGGAUUGCUAUCUCAACAUUUAGAGUGAGUUAAUUUCUCUGUUGAUUGAACUUUACUAUCUAUUAAAUUACAGUCACUUUCUUUUA